ACCUACGUACCAAUGGUUUGACAACCAGAAUUAGCACGCCAAUCUUCGCACAACUCACAAGUGGAAAGCAAGUAGAAGUAUGUAAAGAAAAAUUGGGUUUUCUAGUUUUUCUAUCUUCUAAGUUCUAACCAUCUCUGUGCCGGGCCUGUCUUGUGGUAAAAAUAUUUACUGUGAAAGCCCAAUAUUUAUAGGCUCAUAUGUAAUCUGUUCACUGGGCUGGGCCCCGUGAUGUGUCGGUCUUCUUGGAUCAGAAAAGUCAAAAUUCUUGUUUGCCUUGUCGAUCCUGAGAUGUGAAAACGGUACGCGCUAUCUGUGCUGCAGAUUCAAUGAUAAAGAUCUUUUGUAGAAUUAAAUAAAAAAAUCUUUUGGUUAAAGAAAAGAGAAUGAGGAGUUGAGCCGACUGCGAGCGAGCCAGUGUUCAGAGCUUUUGGAGCUCUGCGUGACUGUGAAAUUCCCCAAGCAAGUCCAAGGUUAGUCAUUUCCAGUAUUCCGCCCACCUUCCUUCAUCGCUUCGAACCCUAAUUUCCGACUCCCAAUUCCUGCUCCAUCCAGAUCUUCGCUCUGGAAAUGGUCUCCUAAUUCAUUUGCUUUUACAUGUAAUUGCUUCCGCUAGACUGUGCCCUAGGGCGGAAAUUUAUGGGUAGUUGAUUGACUGUCCGUUGUUUGUUUGGUGCUUGUGGGAAAUGGGGAGGAAGAGAAUAUAUUGAGAAUUUUGGCGCUUUUUGCUUCUUCUCUUUGCCGAUCGGUGGAAAAAUGGGGAAGGAGAGGAGUAGUGUGGAGUUUGAUUGGGUUAUACUUUUCCGUUUUCUGUUAUUCAUCUUGAAAAUUUGUGUUUCCCUUGGCAAACAUUGCAAAGUUGGUAAUGUGGAGGUGGGUUUGUCUCUCUUAACAUUAUGCUCGGAAUAGCGAUUUUGUCUUGGCUAAGAAGGUUGAACUCAGGGUCAGGGAUGCUGGAAGGAAAACUAUGAGAAUUGAUUUCAAUUUGGUGUAACUCAACCUGCUUGUUUUUUUUUAUACAUGUGUGGUGUUUAUUUGCGGUCUCAAGUUUUCUUUUCCGACCAUUGUGGUUUUAGACCUGAAAGGUGGUGUAUUUGGUUAAAUAUUUGGUGUAUUUGGUGUUUGUGAUGCUGAUUUGGUUAAAUAUUUUGGACAGGCAUUUUGCAGGCUCCAUGCAUUUCUGUUGUCUAUUACACAGCAGAGAAAGAUUGCAACUUUGGUCACAGAAUAGGUGACACGAGGCAAGGGUGUCAGUGUCGACUUGUGAAACGGGGGAAAGAAGGUGUUUGAGAUCAAUAUACUGAAAAGGGGGUUCUAAUGGAGUCCUUAUGGAAGCUUCUCUAUUUGCUGGAGCCUGCACCUGUUACCCUCAUACUGACGGCAGUAGCUGUCACAUUUGGAUCAGCGUUUCGAGCAUUAAACUACGGAAAAGAAAUGGAAAGAAAUCGUGACUUAUCAGAAGCUUCCAUCACAUUAGAUAGUUCACAAGCACUGAUGAUCCCGGUGAUGAGCUCUUGCAGCUUGCUUUUGAUGUUUUACCUGUUUUCUUCGGUUUCACAGCUGCUCACUGCAUUCACGGCCGUUGCCUCUGUUUCAUCACUCUACUUCUGUGCCUCUCCUUAUGCCGCCUAUGUGAAGUCAUAUUUUGGUCUCUCGGAUCCUUUUGUUUCACGUUGCUGUUCAAAGCCCUUCUCUCGGAUCCAGGGGUUACUCCUGACGGCUUGCAUAGUAACAGUUGUUGCAUGGCUUGUUUCUGGGCACUGGAUAUUGAACAAUCUAUUGGGAAUUUCUAUUUGCAUUGCCUUUGUCAGUCAUGUCAGGCUUCCCAACAUCAAGAUAUGUGCAAUGCUGCUAGUGUGUUUGUUUGUAUAUGACAUAUUCUGGGUGUUCUUUUCCGAGAGAUUCUUUGGUGCCAACGUCAUGGUAUCAGUGGCAACACAACAGGCUUCCAAUCCUGUUCAUACAGUUGCCAACAGUUUGAGCCUUCCAGGCUUGCAGUUGAUCACAAAGAAACUCGAGUUGCCUGUUAAAAUAAUCUUUCCGAGGAACUUGUUGGGUAGCACAUUUUAUGGAGGAACUGCUUCUGACUUCAUGAUGCUUGGACUCGGAGAUAUGGCUAUACCAGCUAUGCUUCUGGCGCUAGUCCUUUGCUUUGAUCAUAGAAAGAGCAGAGAUACAGUAUCUCUUCUGGAACUACAUUCUUCCAAGGGCCAUAAAUACAUCUGGUAUGCUCUCCCAGGAUACGCCAUUGGUCUAAUAACUGCAUUAGCAGCUGGCGUCUUGACUCAGUCUCCCCAACCUGCUCUUCUUUACCUGGUUCCUUCUACACUGGGACCUGUGGUUCUUAUCUCCUGGAUCAGGAGAGAACUAGACGAGUUAUGGGAAGGAACUGUUUCUAAUUCUACUGAUAAAGCUCGCCAAAUAGAAGCUUGAUAUCAAGCUGAACAAACCAGGCGCUUGCUGUAUGCUUCUUGCUGGGGGGAGUGAAGUUGCAAAUGAUGCAAAUUCAGUUUCAGAUUCUAUCCUUUGAAAAAACACUCAGUAUGGAAUAUGGAUAGAAGUGAAUGAAUGAAUAUUUAUGUUGUUCAAACUUUGAGCGGCCUCAUGUAAAAGACUUAAGUAGUGAUGAUUUAAGUGGAAAGGAAGCAAGAAAGGUCGAGAGCUACUCUGAGGCUUAUGAUGAAGAGUUCACUGUGUUAGUUAUCAAAAUUCUAAAUCUUGGUUAAUUGAGGCUUACUAAGUUACUAUGAUCCAUUGAGACCAUUGGAUGAUGCUCAUCAUAGCUCAUAUAAUAAUUUGUGUAAAUAAAAACAGUAUUAUGAC